AGAGCAAGAGGGACACCAAGCCAAGAUGCUCCCCUCCCCAUCUCACUAUGCACCUGAGGACAUCACCUGUCCCUCUAAAAGGUUCGCCAUCACUGGCCUAGCCCUUACCUCUCUUCUACCUUAGGACCAAUAUUCAGUAGUGAUUCUAAGACGGAAGGUAAGAGGUUAAAAAUUUUUAAUUUCUUCAUUUCCACAUAAUUGGUCUCCUUUGUAAUGUAUGUAUUUUAUUUCAUGCAUUUGAAAGCAUUCUUCUGAGAAGAGACAGUGGUUUCACCAGAUUGCCAGGGGUUCAUAUCAAACAGUUAAGACCUAAACUCCCUGAUCUCCAAAUAGAGCGCCUCCUUAGGUUCAAAGAAGAACACUCGAUACUAGGAACCAAAGUUUUCAGCACCUGGGGAGCGGACGGACGAGUUUCAGAAACGGAUUCAGGUUAAAGUUUGAGAUCCCGAGCCGGGGUUCCUCCCAGGGCGGGCGGGGCCGAUGGCGGCGGCGGGGCUCUUGGGGGCCGCGGCCCGCCGUCUGAGGCCUCUCAGGGCCGUCGAGACAACCAGGUGCAGGCAGACACCGCAGGUUGGUCUCCCGAUGCCGCCAUUCGGGGCCUCUUCGGACCGGGCCCUCCGUUUGUCUGCGGCAUCCCCCGCUGGUCACAACAAGUGGUCCAAAGUCAAGCACAUCAAGGGCCCCAAGGACACAGCCAGGAGCCAGGUCUUCACGAAGCUCUCCCGGCUCAUAAGAUUUGCUGUCAAAGAGGGAGGCCCAAACCCUGAGUUCAACAGCAAUCUGGCCAACAUCCUGAAAUUGUGUCGAAGCAAGAACAUGCCAAAGUCUACUAUUGAGGCAGCACUGAAAAGUGAGAAAAACAAGGACAUCUAUCUUCUCUAUGAAGGACGAGGCCCUGGAGGCUCUUCUCUCCUCAUUGAGGUACUUUCUGACAGUGGUUCCAGGUGCCAGGCAGCCAUCAAGCACAUCCUGAACAAGCAUGGAGGGGUGAUGACUGAUGGGGCCAAGUAUUCCUUUGACAGAAAGGGGGUGGUCAUGGUUGGCACCGAAGACAAAGAGAAGAGGGCUGUGAACCUAGAGCGGGCCCUGGAGUUGGCGAUUGAGGCUGGAGCUGAAGAUGUACAGGAACCUGAGAAUGAUGAUGAGAAAAAUAUGCUUAGAAAUUCAUCCCUAACAUGAAGGUAAAGUUGUCAGAUGAGGACAUGGAGGCAGCUGCACAUCUAAUCGAAGCACUUAAUAGCUAUGAAGAUGUGAUUCGAGUCUAUGACAACAUUGAGUAAUGAGGUUCACCUGUAGAUGUCCUGGUGUCUGGCUCAGGCAGCUGCCCAUCUUCAGUAGUAUGAAUUUCCAUAAACCACCUUUGGGACCUGAAGGGAGCAGGAUGACUUGACAGGUCAUCAGUUUGUUAAGCCAAAGUCAAUGACAGUGGAGAUUCCCAACACAGCUGACUUGCUGUGUGACCAUUGCCUGCCUUGCUGCUCUGUGGGGAAAGAAGACCCCUGGAAUCUUCUUCAUGCCAGUGGCAUGCUGUGGCAUAAUGAAGAAAACUGAGUUGAUGUCUAAAUCCCUGCUGACUGACUGAAUAUAGUUGCCUAAUCAAACUGCUGCCCUGAGCUUAGUCUCUGAUCUAAGAAGGUUACCCUUUAGAUGCCUUCUUAGUGAAUCACUCUGAAUUCCUGGAAUAACAACUGUUUUAUGAAUAGCAGCAAAAAUAAUUUAUAUUGAUAACUACA